CGACAUCACUCGCUCCAGACCACACACCACUCUCAAGCAUGUCGGGCAUCCUCACGACCGGACUCAGGACAGGAUCGAUCGCGCGGGCGUCGUCCUCGGCCCUCCGCCCUCUGCUCGCUCGCCCCCUCUCCACCUCGCGCCCCGUGGCCGACCACACCACGACCGAGCCCAUCCCCAUCACCACGAUCGCCAACCGCGGCAGCAACCAGCAGUCGCUCGAGACUCCCCGGAAUGGUGCUGAGUACGUCCUCUCCACCCUCGACCGUGUUGUCAACUGGGCCCGCCAGGGCUCGAUGUGGCCCAUGACCUUCGGUCUCGCAUGCUGCGCCGUCGAGAUGAUGCACAUGGCCGCCGCCCGUUACGACCAGGAUCGUCUCGGUGUCGUGUUCCGUGCCUCGCCCCGUCAGUCGGACAUUAUGAUCGUCGCCGGCACCCUCACCAACAAGAUGGCGCCCGCUCUCCGCAAGGUCUACGAUCAGAUGCCCGAGCCCCGAUGGGUCAUCUCGAUGGGCUCGUGCGCCAACGGUGGUGGCUACUACCACUACUCGUACUCGGUCGUCCGUGGCUGCGACCGUAUUGUCCCUGUCGACAUUUACGUCCCCGGCUGUCCACCAACCGCCGAGGCCCUCCUGUACGGCAUGCUCCAGCUCCAGCGCAAGAUGCGCCGUGGACGCGCCGGUGUUCGCUGGUACCGCAAGUAGACGAAACGAGGACGACGCCUCGAACAUGCAUUAGUGGUUAUGGAAGGACAA